UGGCUGCGUCGUUAACAAUGUCGAUUGAGCUCAAGCUUUCCCGGAUUAACCGAGUCUACCGUCCUUCAGAGCUUAUUGAGGGGAAGAUCACAGUGAAGUCUUCGUCUUCAAUCUCCCACUAUGGAAUUCGCAUCGCGGUCGACGGAUCUGUCACCUUGCAGGUUCGGGGAGGAUCGGCCGGAGUUAUUGAGAGUCUGGUUGGUGCUGCCAAACCUAUAUCUAUUCUCAGGAACAAAAUUGUUGAGGUUAGACCUGCUGGGAAGAUUGCUUCAGGCACAACCGAGAUACCAUUUUCCAUGAAUAUCAGGCAACCGAGAGGAGAGAACCUAGAACGGUUCUACGAGACCUUCCAUGGUGGAAAUAUUAAUAUUCAGUAUUUAGUGACUGUAGAUAUAUCUAGAGGAUACCUGUAUAAGUCAUUAUCGGCAACCUUGGAGUUCAUAGUUGAAAGCGAUAAAGCUGAUGCUAUUGAGCGACCUGUUUCUCCGGAGAUGGUUGUCUUCUACAUUACUCAGGAUACUCAAAGACAUCCGCUACUGCCUCAGCUGAAAUCAGGUGGCUUUAAAAUUAUUGGAAAGAUGGCCACUCAAUGUUCUUUAUCGGAACCAGUUAGUGGUGAACUAACAGUAGAAGCAUCAGCAGUUCCAAUUUCUUCCAUUGAUAUACAUUUGCUUCGUGUGGAGUCAAUCCUUCUAGGGGAGAAAAUUGUGACCGAGAAAUCUGUGGUUCAGACUACACAGAUUGCAGAUGGGGACGUCUGUCAUAAUAUGACUCUGCCCAUUCAUGUUAUACUUCCCCGUCUUUUGACAUGUCCUACAGUCUCAGCAGGGCCAUUCUCGAUUGAAUUUAAAGUUGUCAUAGUCAUAUCAUUUCAGUCCGAGGUAGCCAAAUUGCAUUUAAAAUCUGAUCCUACAACUCCCAGACUAUGGCUUGCAAUGGAGACUCUACCGCUUGAGCUUUAUAGGACAAGGUGAGAUGAGCAGGACAAAAAUUACAAACAGGCAACUCAACAGGAUUCAAUGCAUUCCGCCCUCUCAGGCCUUUUGUAUCUAAUUUUGCAGCUUCAUGAGGAAAACAUAAAAGCACAGUUGUACUCUGUAUGACCAUAUCAAAACGAGUCCAUAGCUGCUCAGGUGCUGAUCUUUUAUAAGAAAUGAGUUCGAAGCAAGAAAUCCUUGAUGAAUGACCUUUUUUACGUGUAUUUUUAGAAUUCUUUUGUCCGGACCAAUUGAUUUUUCUCAUUUGGAUUGUAGAUUUCUAGUUGAUAAUAAUUUGAACAGCAGCAUGCGAAA